UAAUGAACCUUAUUGUAAAGUGUUACCAUCAUUUCUUAUAACAUAACAUUAAAAAAAAUUAUAUAAGCUAUUAGUAAAGCCUCAGUGCGUUUGAGAGCUCAAAAUUAAAGAUUAAUGCAUAACUCAGGACAAAUCAAAGUUGCUUAAAACAGUGAAAAAUGAGCAUGUGUUAGCAGUGUCUGCUCUGCUAUUGGAGCUUCAGGGUUUCUUUGUUCAGAGUCUCCAAGCAACAACAGCAAACAUCAGAAGAAACAGGGAACUGAGAGAUAAUGGAGACGUCAGAUGAGCAUGUGAAGGAAGCUCUGCAGAAGAGUCCUGAGCCCAUGUUUGCGAGCACGAGCACGAGCAGGACCUCCACUAGAGGCAGUCUUCGCUUCGGGAGCCUGAGCCAUCACUCCUUCUUCUCCAGACACAAUCCUCAUCCACACAGAGUCAGGCAUAUGCAAGGGUUGAACGGCAAGCCGGUGUGUACGGUGAAUGACGACUGGUACGGCUUCACUCCUCUCUGUCCACAUCCACUCAUUAAGAGUCAAGUGUGUGUCAGUGCGAGCCGUUCAUCUGUGUUUCUCACUCCUGAGGUCAGCUCGGACCGAUCCGGACCGCGAGCAGCACUCAUUUCUGAAAGCUGGCGUGAGGAACUGAAGGAUUUGGCCACUAAAGUCAGUCUUUCAGCGGCCGCUGAGACCCACCAUGACAAGAAAGAGAAACCCCGAGACGAGGAGGCUCCUCGCAGGAAGACUCAGUAUUCGGCUCAGUCCGGUCGGAUCAUCCCGGCCUCGUCCUGGGGAGGGAAGAAACGCAGCAGCCGGGCGACACACAAGCGUCUGGGAUUACAGAGACGGCACACACACGCGCUGGAAGGAGUGGAGAUCAAGGUGCUGGAGCUCUUGUGUCAGAUCCUGCAGACUGAUUCUCUCUCCAUGGUUCAGCAUUGGCUUUUGCUGGCGAAUGAUAAAGAGAAAGAGCUGGUUCAGGGGUUACUCCAGCAAGCCAUGGCCGACUCCAUCUCCGUGACCCAACACACAUCUGGAUCUCCACUUCUGCCCGUGACGUCUGAAGAUCUGCCAGAUCACGUGUUCCUCAAAAACCCCAGCUCAUAUCCAGCGGAGGCAUUACAGGACAAGCCAGAGCGGAUCGGAGAGGCAGAAGUACUCACGCUGUACCCAGAAGACACGUAACACAGCUGCGAUCAUCAGCACAACAUCAUAUUAAUGUCAUGUUACUGACAAAACUUGCUCUUUUAGCAGUUGUAUUAUUGUAAUAAUCAUAGUGUAAUGCAAUGUUUUCAUUUAUUGCUAAUAAAGCUUAUACGUACACAGGUA